AUGGAAAGUGGUUGGGUCAGUACUUCAAGCACAGUUCUCAGUAGAGCACUUGAAGAAGUCAAAGAUCUUGCAGGAAGAAGUGACUGGGGUGCAAGAGAUCCUGAAGGCGGAGUUGAAUAUUCUGCUCGCCCUCAUGAUGAUUACCCUAUUGCAAGAGGUAUCGGAGAGAUUAAUGCUCCUUUAGAAACUUGCGUCCAGUAUUUCAGAAAUCAUAAUAACAACAGCCAAUGAAGUGAGACUCUAAAAUCAAUUACAGUUCUUCAAGACACUGGAAACUUAAAGCUGCUCAAAUCAAUAAUAAAAGCAAGAUGGCCUAUGAGUGAUCGAGAACUUCUUUUCGCUCAACAAGAAUUUCCUGAAAAUAGUGGGAAUACAGUUUAUGUCAUUGAAAAAAGCGUAGAACUUGCUGAAUACCCUCUUCAGAAAGGAUAUGUGAGAGCUCACUUGAAUUUUAGCGGGUAUAUUUUUGAAAGGUUGGAUUCGAAUAGAACAAGAGUGACUUAUAUAGUACAAUUCAAUCCGGAAGGGAUGGUACCUGGAUUUGCUAGAUAUGGAUUAAAAUGGCUAUAAUAUGACUGCUCUCUUAGCACAAUAGUCCAGACCGAGUUGGAGAAAUCCAGAAGUCCAUAGGCCACCACUCAAGAGUAGACUGUAAAGCUCCUGAUUUCUAAGGCUUGUGGAAAGUAAUAUUGCAAAGCAGAUAAAAAAUUCCUUAUCUGAGACCUUUAGCAACUGCAUUAUCAAUGUGGCUAACGUCGGCCUUUAACUAGCUAGAGCCUGGAUUUGUAAGAGAGAAGAUGCAGCUUCGUCAUGCAGCCAGAAUUGGUAUUGCUAACUCAAGCUGAUGAAAUGCCAGACAUAUUUUGAAAAAUCCAUAUUUAUAAAACAUUUUUUCUCAAAAUGUUUAAUCUGUAUUUUUAAUUAACUUUUAACAUCAAUAUAAUAAUAAAAAUUCCUUAAAAUUGAGUAAGAAAACAUUUGGCUAA